CGAACAUUUGCGAGAGAACGUCAGUUGCAUUUAUAAAUGUCAAUUUAACAACAAAUAUGAAAUUUAUUUUGUCAUUUACUUUCAACAACUAUUUACAAAAUUUUUUAAUUUAGGUAAUAUAUAAAAAUGCCCUAUCAGCUUUAAAUGGAUCAAUUGAAAUAUUUCGUAUCUGGCGGGUGUGGUGGUAUUUUUGCAGUGUUAGUAGGCCACCCUCUGGACACAGUAAAGGUACGAUUGCAGGCAGGUGCUACUGACUCGUCUGGAAAACCCCUGUACGCAGGAACGAUGGACUGCAUUCUUAAAACUGUACAAAAGGAAGGACCACUUGGCCUAUAUAAGGGGAUGUCGGCACCUCUGGUAGCUAUCGCUCCUAUAUUCGCGGUUUCUUUCUUCGGCUACGGCCUUGGCAGGGGUAUAUUCGGUCCGAAAGACCCUUCAAUGCAACUGAGUUUGUCACAAUGUUUUUGUGCGGGUGCCCUUUCUGGUUUACUCACGUCGAGCAUAAUGGCUCCCGGAGAACGAAUCAAAGUCCUCUUGCAACUUCAAGACGACCCAUCCAAACCAAAAUUAUAUUCGGGAACGUUCGACUGUGCAAUGAAACUUUUUAAAGAAGGCGGCAUUAAAAGUAUUUAUCGUGGCUUUUUAGCUACCGUUUUAAGAGACGUUCCCGCGGCAGGUCUUUAUUUCUCUACUUACGAAUUUUUUCAAAACAUGUUCACCGACAACGGCAAAAAAGAAAGCAGCAAGGCGUCGACUUUGUUUUCGGGUGGUAUGGCGGGAGUCGCCAAUUGGAUUAUCGGUAUGCCGGCCGAUGUACUCAAGAGUCGUUUACAGGGAGCCCCCGAAGGUACGUAUCCCGGAGGAAUGAAGGACGUAUUCGUUGAACUAAUGAAAACAGACGGCCCACUGGGUUUAUAUAAAGGCAUUACGCCGGUAAUAUUGAGAGCGUUUCCGGCGAACGCGGCCUCCUUUUUAGGUUUUGACAUGUGCAUGAAGUUUUUGAGUAAAUUUUAAAGCGCAAAAAAGCAUUUCUCUUAGCUUACAGUUUUAAUGUAUGUACAUAAACUUGUCCAAAUAAAUAAAAAAUGUAUAUAAUAUAAUUAAAUAAUGGCAAAUACAUAAUACAUAAUAAAAUGCUAAAUCAAGUUUUUAUCAGUCCCGGUAUAUUCAUCAGCAAUUUUUAACAAGUAAAAAGAAAACGGGUUUAAAAAUUCUACAUAACACAAUCUCUACACAUACAUUCGCAUAAUAUUCAUAACAGUAAUGAUGGUUCCGUUUAAAAAAUUCAAUUAUAAAAAUGUAUAACUAUUUACAUUUCCUAAAUGUGAA